GCACGCCGAGGCAAGAAUGCGCACGCGCGGAGGGAGGGUCGGGCGCGCGGCCGUUAGCGCGCGGCCGUUAGCGGUCUCAUUUUGACAACUGUCUGCAACGCUGAGGUUCCCGCGGGCCACAGUCCGCGUGACCCAUCCCCCGUUAGCGCGCUCGCCUCCUUCGACGGCGCAGUCACCGCGCGGGGCGGCCGCCCGUGAAGUAGCUACCACGUCUGUGUCAACGAAUAAAGCUCCGGGACAGCGGCGCCCUCGGCGACAGCUGGGAGGGCAGCCUGGGCUGGGAGCGGUGGCCCGUAGCUUCCGUGAGAGCGAGCAGCGGAAGCAACCUCCAGCCUGGCCUCGCAACAGCCACCCGGCAAGCUAGACCUGAGCCUGGUCUGGCAUGCGCGGAAUGCUCCUUGAGCCCUCUUCUGGCUGUUACCUUCGGGGGACGGUUGUGGCCACACUGACACGUAUUUUCCAAAUAAAUCGUUUAUUCUUGCGGCGGCGGGACCGAACACGUUAAUAUAUUUUUAAUUUACCCAACACUUCUAUCCAGUGAUACAACUUGGUAAGCGUUUCGAGCGAGCAUCCGCCCAGUUAGGAAGUCGCGGACUGAGCAGCUUGCAUUUGUCACGACCGUCCUCAACUGUUUUGAAGAUUGUUCCAUCUUAUAACUACCAGUGUGCACAAACUCCUACUCAAGUAACGUCGUGGUCCAGCGAUGCAAAGAACUGAAAUCUCAAGCUGGAAAAGCCUGCAUUGUCUUCAUAAUAGAACAGAAGAAUUGUAGAUAGGAAGGACAGACGGAAACGAAUGAAGACUAUAAAAGAAAAAAAGGAACAUCCAAGAUUGAGAAAAACUACCAGGACUAAGAAGGUAACCCAGAAGAAGCUGUCUUCAGGUCCUGUUUGCCUUCUAUGCCUUCAAGAACCUGGUGAUCCUGAAAAACUAGGAGAAUUUCUUCAGAAAGACAAUCUUUGUGUCCAUUAUUUCUGUCUUAUCCUAUCUAGCAAACUGCCUCAGAAGGGCCAACCCAACAAAGGUCUCCAUGGAUUUAUGCCUGAAGACAUCAAAAAGGAGGCAUCCCGGGCUUCUAAGAAGAUCUGCUUUGUGUGCAAGAAAAAAGGAGCUGCUAUCAGAUGCCAGAAUGAUCAGUGUGUCCAAAACUUCCAUCUGCCUUGUGGCCAAGAAAGGGGUUGCCUUUCACAGUUUUUUGGAGAGUACAAAUCAUAUUGUGGAAAACAUCGGCCAACACAGAACAUCCACCAGGGAAGUUUGGGGGAGGAAAGCUGUGUCUUAUGUUGCGAAGACUUAUCCCGAACAAGUGUUGAGAACAUCCGGAGCCCAUGCUGUAGCCAAGCUAUCUAUCACCGAAAGUGUAUCCAGAAAUAUGCCCACACAUCGGCAAAGCACUUCUUCAAGUGUCCUCAGUGCAACAACCGAGAUGAGUUUCCACAAGAGAUGCUGAGGAUGGGAAUCCACAUUCCAGACAGAGACGCUGCCUGGGAACUGGAGCCAGGGGCUUUCUCCGAGCUGUAUCAGCGCUAUCAGCAUUGUGAUGCCCCCAUCUGUCUGUAUGAACAAGGCAGAGACAGCUUUGAGGAUGAAGGACGGUGGCGCUUCAUUUUGUGUGCUACAUGUGGAUCCCAUGGAACCCACCGGGACUGCUCCUCUCUUAGACCCAACAGCAAGAAAUGGGAAUGCAAUGAGUGUUUGCCUUCUUCAACCAGGGAUCACGUAUCUGAAGAGUCGGGUGACACCCCCUGUUGCAGCACCUUCUGCCCCCAUGGGCAUUUCUUAAGGGCUACCAACCUGGGACAGAAUCCCAGCUGUUCCUGGACCGACUGGCUACGGCCUUCCCUAUUGGAAAAGCCCGAGUCCUCCAGUAGGAGAAGCUGCCAGUCCUGGCGAUCCAAACGAAUCAAAGUCACUAAGGAUUGCAAAAAAUCCAAGUAAUAGCUUCGGAGUGGUUCCUGCCCAGGACAGUGGGGUACAAAGGAGCGUUGCUGCAUCAAUUUGGAGAGGUAGCACUUUGAAACCAUGAGACCCAAGGGGCCAAGUGAAGAGGUCUCAGGGGACACGAGUCUGCGUGCCAACAGUGGAGUGCAAGGGCACCAUCCACCGUAAUGAGGCUCUCGUGUGCUUCCUCAAGCUUCACUCAUUAUUGACAAAUAAAGGUCAUCUCUCCA